GUGAACUCAGCCUGGUCGGCGCACAUUCUCCUGUAUCUAGACACGUCAGACAUCCAUGAGGUUAGAAACUGUACUUCGCGCAAAACAUUUCUGGAGAACUUCGGAUGAAAUAUCUCCUCAGAAGAAUAUAAAUACCUGACCACUUCCCACCGACCUCAGUUUUUCCCUUCCCACGCUUCCAACUUUCUACUGAAGCAGUUCUUCCGCUCUCGUUCGCCCAUUUACCAAACCUGGUCUUCCCUCUCUUCUUCUUCCCUUCGCGCUUCAAAUUUUCUACUGAAGCAGUUCCCCCUGUCGCCUUCGCCUACCCAACUUGAACCACCGCUCCCUUCUUUUUUUCGAUAAAAAAAAAAGAAGUUAUAAAAAUGUCGGCCACAGGCAAGAUGACGAUUUUCUUGUCCGACUUCUUCCCUCGGGCUGGUUUUCUCUGGAAACGUCGUCAGAGUGUUCCGCGAAUUCUCCGAUCGUCGGAGCGUGACGCCCUGGUGCUGCGCGCGCUCUUCACGGUCCAAGGCGGCAAAAAGUUUAGAAGGCGUGAGGCCAACGUCCUCAUUGCCAAUGCCAUCGACAUUGCGGCAAAGACAAUCAACGACGAAAAUCCCGGUAUGCGCCCUGAAGAGGGCAUACUUGAGUACCUCGCCCGCGCCGGCACCUUUUCCGAGUUCGGUCAGGCACUGCCUGAGAACAUCUGGGUCGAACUCGUAUAUCAGAUUGCCUGGGCCCGGUAUGAAUAUGAACGCCGCAAGCCCAAGGCCUGGAAGGACGGCUUCCGCAACCAGCUGACGGAGCUGGCCCACGCCAUCGACCGCCUGAUGCAAGCGGCUGGCGACUGCUGGGACUGGGCGGCCCUUGAGUUCUUUGCCUACCCACACCUGAUGGGUGGGGUAGGCGACUACGACUCCGACGACGAGGAGGAGGAGGAGGAGGCAUUGGCCAAGAAACUGGAGGACCUCAGUGUCCAGGAUGCUGACGGAGACAUUCAGAUGGCGGAUUGAAACUGGACACUGAGGUUCUCCGGUUUCUUGGGCAAUGCC